AGGGCAAACCCAAACCAAAGGGGCAUCCUGUGUUUAUCAAAAAGCCAGAAAGUUUGACAGAUCGUGCGAAUCGAAAUAAUUUUGGCUCCAGAAUUUCAGUCAGAUCAUUUAGUGGCCAAAAUGACGACCAGCGAACUAGUUUGGGGAAUGAAAAAUGGUGAUCUCGACACAGUCAAGGAAAUCGUUGAGAAAAAUAAUGUGGACGUUAAUUCGGCCAUCGAUGGCAGGUCACCGAUCCACUACGCCUCAGAUUAUGGACAGUUGGAUGUCAUCAAAUACCUGAUCUCACGAGGCGCCGAUGUCAAUGCAAAGGACAAACACGGAAUCACAGCCCUCCUCGCAGCGAUUUGGGAAGGGCACACGGAAUGUGUAAAACUACUUCUCGAAAGCGGUGCGUCUCCGCAGGGUGAAACUCCUGACGGGAGCUCAUACAUCGAAGCUGCUGAAAAAGACGAAAUUAAAGCCCUUCUCAAAUGAAAGUCUUUUUCAAAAGUCAAAGUAUACUAUUCCUUAUAAAUCCUUGCUGUCUCAAAAUUGAAUUCGGCAAUUAAAAUUAGUUCUAAGACUUGACUUCAUAAUGCCUUAGUUGAGAUUUGAGUUAGAAGCAGUAUUUAGAGGGAAAUAUUAAAAUUAUAACUUAUACUUAACAUGUAAACUUGAAAUUUUGUUAAGCGUUUUUAAAAUCCUACAAACUGUCCUCACUCUAACUUGUGACUGGUCAAAAUUUUGUAUAAUUUAAUGAGUUGUCACAACUUUUUUUACUGUCUAAAUUACAUGUGAAUGUGGUCAAGUGCCUUGAUAAUAAUUUAGGAUCAGAUUUUUCUUGGGGAUAUGAAAAUCUGGAAUAUCAGGGCUGAUGCAUAAAGGGCUGAGAGUUAAAAUUAUUUUCUUUUUGUGUGUCCUGUAAUUGUAUGAAUUCAAAACAUUGCAUUUUUUUGUGGAUGCCAAAUAAUAAAAUCCAUUAUCAAGAAAAUCGA